UUCGGCGAUUCGUUGGUUCGAUCGGCCGAUCGGUCGAUCGAUCGCGCGCGCACUCGUCACGCGGCAACUCGCCCUCUCGAUACGUGACAACACGGAACAAGGACGAUCGUCGUUGCUCCGUUUCGCUGCAAGACGCGAGACCGGACGACACGAGACGAGACGGGACGAAAGGAAACGCGACGAGACGCGCAGCAAGACGGAGGUAAAGAAAGAAGGAACGAUCGAGUAUACGCGACAACGACGCCGACGACGACGAAGGAUCGAGACGAACGAUUUGAGGGCUACCGGCCUGCUUACCGGUUUUAGCCUGUUCCGACGGAAAACGUCGAUGAGGGUUGCCAGGUAUCCUUCGGCCUUUCCGUGCUUCUCCCACCACCUCUGAUUCGGCGAGAACUCGACAAGGGUGACACCCACCCCUCGAAAAAAGCCCUUCGGGGGGUGAGUUUCCAGCACUCGACGUCAUCUGGCCCGCUCUACCGACUACAGUUGCCCAACGAACGGUCGCUCGUCGGUGUUACGGUCCUUGCGAUCGAGCUGCUGCCAUUGACAGCUGACCGCUUGUUGCCUACGCUUCGUGUAUUCGAUCGAGAUAUCGGCCGCUGUGGACGACUCCCUCCUUCCUUCCGGAACACGGAAUACUCGGAAUUGUCGUUCUGGACGAUGGUUUGAACGUUCGUCGAACGAUCAUCGACCACGUGCAUCUCCGUCUUCAUCGAGUGUGCCCACGACGAACGCUUACUAUGUGCGCGACGCCGUUCCCGAAUAUUAUCGUGUGAUGUUCGCAAUACGGUGAGUGAGCAUUGGUGCAUGGUGUUUCGCCGCUCGACGAAGCUCGAUCAGAAUCGCGAUAGGAUCUGCGCGCCGCGGUUGCGUUUGAUCGCGAAGAAGAAGAAAAAGAAAAUGAGGCUUUGGAUGAUCAUCGGCGCUCUGGCGGCGGCGACACACGCCUCCAUCGCCGAAAUCACCAGGAACAAAAACCGUGGAAGAGGAUCGAUGUGGUGGGGAAUCGCCAAGGCAGGAGAGCCCAACAAUUUUUUGCCAAUGUCGCCGGCCUCUCUUCACAUGGAUCCUACAGUGUACGCGACCUUGAGGAGAAAGCAGCGCAGACUAGCCAGGGAAAACCCAGGAGUCCUAAUGGCCGUGGCUAGGGGUGCGAACCAAGCGAUCGCCGAGUGCCAGCAUCAGUUUCGCAAUCGUCGAUGGAACUGUUCGACCAAGAAUUUUCUUCGUGGGAAAAACCUCUUCGGCAAGAUCGUCGACAGAGGUUGUCGAGAGACCGCCUUCAUCUACGCCAUCACGAGCGCCGCCGUGACUCACAGCAUCGCGAGAGCGUGCAGCGAGGGCAGCAUCCAGUCGUGCUCCUGCGACUAUACCCACCAAUCGCGGCCACCAUCGGGCACGCGGGAUUGGGAAUGGGGUGGCUGUUCGGACAACAUCGGCUACGGGUUCAAGUUCUCCCGCGAAUUCGUCGACACGGGGGAGCGUGGCCGAAAUCUGCGCGAGAAGAUGAACCUGCACAACAACGAGGCCGGCAGAGCGCACGUGUCCUCGGAGAUGCGGCAGGAGUGCAAGUGCCACGGCAUGUCGGGCUCCUGCACCGUCAAGACCUGCUGGAUGAGGCUACCGAAUUUUCGCGUGGUCGGGGACAACCUGAAGGAUCGGUUCGACGGCGCGUCCAGAGUUAUGGUGAGCAACUCGGAUCGGGUGCGUGGCAACGGGAACGCGAUCGUGAGCAAUUCGGCGAGUAAUUCUGUGCACGGCCAUCGGGAGGGUCUGGGUCGUCGACACCGGUACAACUUUCAACUGAAGCCGUACAACCCGGAGCACAAGCCACCUGGUCCGAAGGAUCUCGUUUACCUGGAGCCCUCGCCGCCGUUCUGCGAGAAGAACCCGAAACUUGGCAUUCUCGGCACUCACGGUAGACAGUGCAACGACACGAGUAUCGGUGUCGACGGCUGCGACCUGAUGUGCUGCGGCAGAGGCUACAAGACGCAAGAGGUGACGGUCGUCGAGAGAUGCGCCUGCACGUUCCAUUGGUGCUGCGAGGUCAAGUGUCAGCUCUGCAGAAUCAAGAAGACGAUACACACGUGCCUCUAGGCAUUUCUCUCUCUCCUCUAUACUCGGUCCCUUUUCUCCCGAACAGACUACCUCCUUCCUGGCGAAGGACGUUUCCGUAGUCUCACGUGGAUCGUUGGAUCAUCGACGUUGCCGAAGAGGUGGUACGGAUGAUCCUACCGCCAACAACUCUGCGUUCAGUUUCACGCGUUCAGGUUGACCGAGCCGCGCGACGGAGCCUGCAGUACGAGCGGGUUGCUGCUCCUUGUCUCCCAGUAUUACGCGAAACGAUCUAAGCCGCCGUAUAUUUAUUACGACGUUCCACGAACGCGUACUAAAGACUGAGACGGCGAGAAGAAUUGUUAUCGGAUCGCGAUCGUAAUCUUAGCACGUUAGACGUAAUAAUCGGCGAAUUGUCGUUGCAUUGUACAUACGAUAAUCCCUCUUGUUCCCCGUUUCGCUUCGAAUCGCUUCGCCACGCGGCAUCUUCUUAAUUUUAGGGAGAACGCGGGACCGCGAGAUUCGUUACACUCGUUAUUUAUUCCGAUCCUUCGGAUCGCGCACUUGUAUAUAUGCAUAGAUUAUAGGUAUAUAAAUACACAAAUUUAUAUGCAGAUGUAUAAAUAUAUAUAUAUAUAUAUUUUUUUGAAAAUCGCGCUCGUCCAAGUGUCGCGCGAGAAGUCUGUUGUAAAUAGUCGACACCGUUGAGACGAAGCCCACGCUCCGCGAGGUGCGAAUAAAUUAUUUUUAUACGUCUCUUCCUGUUAACUCCUUACUUUUGGAUUCGCGCGACGCUGUUCACGUAGAAUUAGAAAAAUCAUUAGCCCGGUGUUAGACGACUCGACCUCUAUCUACCAGCAAAGAAACGGUUUUUUACGAUACUUGUAACGCACAGUAGACUUUUUUACUUGACUCUUUGUAAUUUAUAAAAAUGGAGGUAUAAGAAGAGGAAAUAAAGACGACUACGAAAGAGUUGAAAGAUCUUUCCAGGCGUUAUUUUUGUUACGUUGACUUUUUAGGACGCGUCGUCGUCGACGUUCCAUCCACCGACGGCGGAGUCUCCGAGGAAACGCUCGCCGUUCGAUGGCGUUGCACCACCGCGCGCACCUAUCCUCGCGAAAUAUAGCCAACUGGUUCUCCGGCUGGACGACUUCAUAACUCCUCACCGGGCGAAUAUCGUGGGAGGCCCGUGCCUCCGAGAGGACUGGUUCGACACUCUCCCGCUUCCCUUCCUCACGAACGACCGUUUCCCAUCGCGUUCCUUCCUCCUACGUCUCUACCUUGUUUCGUUUCUCCUUGGCCGCGCGCUGCACGCGAUGAUAACGAACGAAGGAAUCCCGCAGGAAUCUCCGUACGGGAUAAAAGGAUUCUGACCGCAUACGAACAGGCAUCCGCGCUAAUGGUUCCGACACUCCCGCCGCCCCUGCCUCCUCCUGGUCCCUUUCUCUCCGCGACCCGUAUCCAGCAGCCUCCUUCGUCGACUCCGCCGCUCCCGUCCCCGUUCUUUCCUAACGAUCGGUAUUUCCACUUGUAAGCGCAUUCCGAGAGAGUCCGCGCGUCGAUCGGGCACGAUCGAGAGCUCCGGCGAACGUACGUCGGUCCUCGAUCGUCCGAUCGAUUCGCAAGGACCGCGUGACCCGGCCGUUUCCUCCCGCGAACCGAGUCGCGCGCAACGGUCCGAGAUCGUGCGGCAGCGCGCACGAUGGAAUUAGGUGGCACCAGGAAGGGUAGGUUCGCCGCGAUACUGAAACAAAUUCUUGCCGCGCGAGGGGCUCCCACCAUCCCGGCAGACAAGAAUCUCGAGCAGCCGGGCCACUUCUCACGGCGGUGCCUUUGAUCUCGACCGGCCACCCCCUCGUCUCCAUCACGGUCACUCGAGCACCGGCAGCGCGACCGUCUGCCUCGCCAGCCAGCCUUUUUACCCGCUGCCGUGUUGAUGCUACUCUCUGUCCCCUGCCCCUCGUUACGCUCCCCGUCCAACCUCG